GGCAGGAGGAUCUGGUAAGACUAUCCCAAGAAAAGCCACUCGGAGGAAGCCCACAGCGGCGGCGGAGGCAGUGGCAGCGGCCACAGCAUGAGCGUGACGAAGUGAGAAGUACUGCACUGAAAUACUGAAAAACAAACCUUCUCACUGAAUUUGCUCUUUUGGAACUUCAGGAUGGAAGCCUUGUGUUCAAGAGUUUCCUUGCUGCUGCUGGUUCCAGGAUUUGUCCUCAGUGACAGCUCUGACAGAUACGCUGUCAAUCAGAGUGACUUGGGAAACUACCUUUCCACCAUCUCAGGGAUUGAAUCCAGCAUACUGCUCACCACUAGACAGCCCCUGGUGUCCAACCAAACUGUCAAAUGCUCCCAGCAGACUAAGAUUGCUGAAACUUUUAAAUACAUUAACACAGUGGUAUCUUGUGCUAUUUUCAUCGUUGGAAUGGUUGGGAAUGCAACUCUGCUGAGGAUCAUUUACCAGAACAAGUGUAUGAGGAAUGGCCCGAAUGCACUGAUAGCCAGUCUGGCACUAGGAGACCUUAUCUAUAUUGUCAUUGAUAUUCCUAUCAUUGUGUACAAGCUCCUUGCUCAGAAGUGGCCUUUUGGAGAUUCUGAAUUUGGACAGUUUCUUUGCAAAUUCCUUCCCUUUAUACAGAAGGCAUCAGUGGGAAUCACAGUCCUUAACCUCUGUGCCCUUAGUGUGGACAGGUAUAGGGCAGUUGCCUCCUGGAGCCGUGUUCAGGGAAUUGGAAUCCCUUUGAUCACUGCUAUUGAAAUUUUCUCCAUUUGGCUUCUGUCCUUCAUACUGGCUAUUCCAGAAGCAAUUGGGUUUGCUGUGGUACCUUUCAGAUACAAGGAUGAAGGUUAUGUUACCUGCAUGCUCAAUCCUACAAAUAAGUUUAUGUUGUUUUACAAAGAUGCAAAGGAUUGGUGGCUGUUUGGUUUCUAUUUUUGCAUGCCCUUGGCAUGUACUGCCAUCUUUUAUACACUAAUGACUUGUGAGAUGUUAAACAGAAGAAACAGCAACUUGAGAAUUGCUCUCAGUGAACACCUUAAGCAGCGUCGAGAAGUUGCAAAGACAGUUUUCUGUUUAGUAGUGAUUUUUGCUCUUUGCUGGUUCCCUCUCCAUUUGAGCCGAAUUUUGAAGAAAAUGGUAUACAAUGAAAGAGACCCCAGCAGAUGUGAACUGCUCAGUUUUUUGCUGCCAUUGGAUUAUAUCAGUAUCAACCUGGCAACCAUGAACUCUUGCAUAAAUCCAAUAGCUCUGUAUUUUGUGAGCAAGAAGUUUAAAAACUGUUUCCAGUCAUGUCUUUGCUGUUGCUGCUCUCAAUCUAAGAGUCUAGUGACUUCAGUGCCUAUGAAUGGAACCAGCAUUCAGUGGAAAAAUCAAGAAAUAAACAAUCACAAUACAGAUCGAAGCAGCCAUAAAGACAGCAUAAACUGA